AUGUAUAAGAAUCUAAGAAAAUACAUAGAAACCGAUCAAGUUGGUCAAUAUACGGGUGGGAGAAACCCACAUUUCGAACUGCCCUCAAUGACUGAGAUAUUUUUGAACACACCAGUUCGAUUUAAUCUAAUUUCAGAAGAUGAUCAUUUUUUACAAAAAUUUUUAUUGAAACCUAAGGAAGGUAUCUUCAAGCUUCGAAGAUUGAUAGAGGAGAAGUUUGCCAGUAUAUCACCCGAGGGGGUCUACUUACUUUCAUAUAAAGAUGUAGAUGGGAAACAGAUUUCUUUGACUACUAAUGAGGAUCUUAUUCAAUGUGUACGUGUCACCAAUCAACUCAAACAGAAAUCAGCAACUGUUAAAAUUCAUUUCCAAUUUGGAUUGGGAAGAACUUGGCUCUACCUCUUGAGUGCAUUUCUAGUAUUGAUUCUUUGCGCGAUGUUCGUUGGAAUGGUUUCAAAUAAGGAGAAGUUGGCAGUUGGGAAACCAAAGGAAGUUCCUCCUGGCUGA